GGGUGUUUUUUUCGGAUACAGUGUGUGUGUGUCUCAUAGCGUUUUGAUCCAUUUUGUGGCCCCGGGUGGUGCUGGUGGAGCGCACAGCGGGAGGCGCAUUGUCCGUAUGCAAACUGGACGACAUGGCCAUUGUAUGCGUUUGGGCAUAUAUGGAGACGCCGAUGGCUCGGAGGAUACAAUCUGUCUGAAGUCUCAGGGAGAGUCGCCCUCGGCUGUGUUGCGUGCGUUUCUCUACUACGACUUUCUCCACUUUUUAACCGCUCUGCUCCGUCGCUAUGAGUUGCCUGGAUGUGAUGUACCACCAAAGCUAUGGAGCGCACUACCUCCCUGCAGCGGCGUACAAGGCGACGUACUAUAACCACCAUCACCAGCAACAACAGAGGAAGCUGAGUGUUUACAGUAAGAUGCAGGAGUGUAUGGAGCAGCAGCAGCAGCAGCAAGGAGGAGGCAGAGGGAUGCUGUCCAGGGAUCAGGGCCUCCAGCACGGUCCUGGAGCCGAUUCAGGCCGCAGAUCGACAUCCGAUUCAGAGCUGAAGGAUAUUACUCAGCCAGCAGAAGCUGAGUACUUGAGCUCCCGGUGCGUUCUGUUCACAUACUUCCAAGGCGACAUCGGCGACGUGAUCGAUGAGCAUUUCUCCCGAGCUCUCAGUCAGUCCAGCACCUUCAACAGCGAGGCCAAGCCAAUCAGAGUGACUCAGCAGUCUGCUUCAGCCACUGCCGGCUUAUGGAAAGAUGGUAGUUCUCUCUCUGAGGGCCAGAGCAGCUCUGUUUGGAACAGCAGCAGCACCUAUCCAUCUCAGAACAGCCCCUGCCUCCCAUCGGUUUCUGUCUCGGUCCACCCAGACUUUUCCCCCAGCCCUGUUUCCUUCAACCACCCAGAUGGAGCUCUGUGGGCCAGCCACGUGCUCUCCCAGGCCAGCCUCCCGCCUCCGGCUACCCUCCCCGACAGCUGGACCUACAGCCUGAACCCCCAGAGCUCGAGUGGCUAUCCCAAUGUCCACGACAUCUACCAUCCUCACCCCCACGCCCAUAUCCACUCCCGGCACCACCACUCAAUGCUCCAUUCAUACCCAGCCCACGGCCCAGCAUUGGAUCCCAGGUUUAAUCCUCUGCUGCUGCCUGGUGUUAGGAACCAGAACCAGCCAGCUGCCAACACAGGGAGUUCCCCACACAACGAAGGGGUGAAGACAGAGAUGGAUCCCAGCAGCAACAGUCCUGUAACGGCCACCUCUGUCACCUGGACCCCUUCAGCCCUACAUGGAUCUCUGGAGGCAUACGACUCAGCUCUUGAUCAGACCAAAGCAAAGACGUCAGUUUGGUUCUAACUGAUUUGCUGAAAAAAAAGAUGGAAUAUGGGUUCACAAUAAAAGGAUCUAUUAUGUGGCUUUAUCAAUGUAUGGCUGCAACACCAGCACUGUAUUGUAAAUGUAGCUAUUGAAUGCUAACUGUUAGCUUAAACUACAAGUCCUGCACUGUCCACAUGACUUAUUAUGGAGAUGAACUCAGGCUUUGGACUUAAACAACAGUGAUCUAAUGCUUUGGCUGAAGGUCAAGGCCUUUGAAGAACGAAGAAAACAGACUACUAGCUUUAAGGACGGGAGGCCUCUUCUUCUCUGACGGCACAAAACUCCUUUUGAUGCAAAUGUGAGACCAAGUGGUUCUGUUUCAAGAGCUUAAUUUUGAUCCACAUUUUUGUUCUGUACAGUAAAUGUUUGUUGAUGACUGUAAAUGUUUUGUUUUUGUUUUUUUUGUAUAGUUUUGCCAUGCAAGUUGUUGUUUGCUGGAUGAUUUCUGCUAAUUUGUUGCCUGAAUGCUACUUUUACUAUUUUGCC